CGGGCUAACGAGACAGCCACGCCUCCUGGCCACGAAUAUAUCGCAGUGCCACUACAAACAGUCACAUCUGCUCUUCUCAUGCAGCGGCAGCUGGCUUUUGGUAUCACUUGAGUGAAGGGAGGAUUGUUUCUGGUGGGAGUGCGUGCUGGGUGGAAGAUGAAUACAGCUGCUAGUAGCUACCCAAUGGCAUCAUUGUAUGUUGGCGAUCUGCAUCCUGAUGUCACAGAGGCCAUGUUAUAUGAGAAGUUCAGCCCUGCUGGGCCUGUACUCUCCAUCCGAGUCUGCCGGGAUAUGAUCACCCGUCGCUCCCUGGGAUAUGCCUAUGUCAACUUCCAGCAGCCAGCUGAUGCUGAGCGUGCUCUAGACACCAUGAACUUUGAUGUGAUCAAAGGCAAACCCAUCCGCAUUAUGUGGUCUCAGCGGGACCCGUCCCUGAGGAAGUCAGGGGUUGGGAACGUCUUCAUCAAGAAUCUGGAUAAAUCCAUAGACAACAAGGCACUUUAUGACACAUUCUCAGCAUUUGGGAAUAUUUUGUCCUGCAAGGUGGUGUGUGAUGAGAAUGGCUCUAAGGGCUACGCAUUUGUGCACUUUGAGACCCAGGAUGCUGCAGACAGAGCCAUCGAGAAGAUGAACGGCAUGCUGCUAAACGACCGCAAAGUAUUUGUCGGGAGAUUCAAGUCCCGGAAGGAGCGGGAGGCUGAGCUGGGAGCCAAGGCAAAGGAGUUCACCAAUGUUUACAUUAAAAACUUUGGGGAUGACAUGGAUGAUGAGAGACUAAAAGAGCUCUUCAGCAAAUACGGCAAGACGCUGAGUGUGAAGGUGAUGACCGAUCCCACUGGAAAGUCCAAAGGUUUUGGCUUCGUGAGCUUUGAAAAACAUGAAGAUGCCAACAAGGCAGUGGAAGAAAUGAAUGGCAAAGAUAUCAAUGGAAAAAUGGUAUUUGUAGGGCGGGCACAGAAGAAGGUAGAGCGUCAGGCAGAGCUGAAACGGAAGUUUGAGCAGCUGAAACAAGAGAGAAUCAGCCGGUACCAGGGUGUCAACCUGUACAUUAAGAACCUCGACGACACUAUUGACGAUGAGAAACUGAGGAAGGAGUUUUCACCUUUUGGGUCUAUCACAAGUGCCAAGGUGAUGCUGGAGGAUGGACGAAGCAAAGGAUUUGGCUUCGUCUGCUUUUCCUCUCCGGAAGAAGCCACCAAAGCCGUGACUGAGAUGAACGGGCGGAUCGUGGGCUCCAAGCCCUUGUACGUGGCGCUGGCACAGAGGAAAGAGGAGCGAAAAGCCCACCUCACUAAUCAGUACAUGCAACGCAUCGCUGGAAUGAGAGCCCUGCCUGCCAACACAAUCAUUAACCAGUUCCAGCCAGCGGCUGGGGGGUACUUCAUGCCCGCUGUGCCCCAGGCUCAGAGCAGACCCACUUACUAUGCACCCAAUCAGAUGACGCAGAUGAGACCUAACCCGCGCUGGCAGCAAGGGGGGAGACCUCAAGGCUUCCAAGGCAUGCCGAAUGCCAUGCGCCAGUCCGGCCCCCGCCCAGCACUGCGCCAUCUGGCUCCCGCUGGCAAUGCCCAGGCCUCUCGUGGCCUCCCUGCUGCUGCCCAGAGAGUUGGCGUGGCCACUGCAGCCCAGAAUUUAGCUCCUCGUCCGCCUGUUACUGUCCCGGCUCCCAGAGCCGUUCCUCCUUAUAAAUAUGCCUCAGCUGUCCGCAGCCCUCACCCAGCAGUACAGCCUUUGCAGGCCCCUCAGCCUGCGGUGCACGUACAAGGACAGGAACCUUUAACGGCUUCCAUGCUAGCUGCUGCCCCUCCCCAGGAGCAGAAACAGAUGCUGGGAGAACGCUUGUUCCCCCUGAUCCAAGCUAUGCACCCCAGCCUCGCGGGGAAGAUUACAGGAAUGCUGCUAGAGAUUGACAAUUCAGAGCUACUGCACAUGCUGGAGUCUCCGGAAUCCCUCCGAUCAAAGGUGGAAGAGGCUGUUGCCGUGCUGCAGGCUCACCAAGCGAAGAAAGAAGCUGCCCAGAAGGUGGGCGUGGUUGCUGCUACCUCUUAAGCCAGGAAGACUGGAUGCAAAGAAGCCAAAUAGCCGUUCACAGACAUCAGCUCAAGAUGUUUGUCCAUACUCCGCUGUCCUGCAGAUCUCAACGCCAUGCAACGUAUCAGAGAACUAUACUGCAGUUUGUAAAUUAAUCUUUAAAAAUCUUAUUUAAAAAGUCAAUUCCAUGAAACUUUAGGUUUCCAAGACCAGUAUUAAGUUUGCAAGCUUUAUCUUUGGGCCAGGACAGAGCUAACCUUUCUCUUAUCUAAGCAGGACUUUGAGGAUUUCUGAUUGAAAGUUUUUUUUUUGUGGGUUUGGUUUUUAACUGAACAGUCCAGUUUGCAACGUCUGGAAAGUGUUUAUCAAUAAAGACAUAAAACCUUUCAUUAAA